UCAUGUUUCGAUUUUAUUCUUGCAGCGAAGGCUUAUACGAGUCCCUGUAUUGGUAGCGGGAGAAAUUUCUUUAAGUCUUGACUUGCGAUUGUAGACGGAAAACAGUUUAUAUAAAAGUCUCUGAAAAACAAAAGACAGUUUUGAUGAAAAGAAGCCGUUAAGUCCGUAAAGGACGUAAUAAAAAGAAAAUUUAAGGUACAGUAGGCUGAGAAGCUGUUGAGAAGCUGUUGCCAGUGUGUUAGACGCCUGGUCUUCCCAGACGCGCGUUUUCCGGUUUUCUUCCGGGCCAGGUUGACCUCUUCAGCCUCCGUAGUCCAGAGGUCAAAACUGCCGGUCAAAAUGGAAGUGAAUCCCCCCAAACAGGAGCAUUUGUUGGCGUUAAAAGGUCCUGUUUCCCUCUGAUUUGGCAAGAGAGACAGUCUUAUAAUAAUAAAUUAUAUUCUAGCUCUGAGGAGUUCUGCUAAGAAAUUUUCUCUUCAUUAAGAGUAACUGGAUUACUGCAGAAUGACUACAGAAGUAAUAUUACAUUAUCGACCAAAUGAAAGUGAUCCCACACAACUGCCAAAAAUUGCAGAAAAAGCAAUUCAAGACUUUCCUACUCGUCCACUAUCAAGAUUUAUUCCUUGGUUUCCACAUGAUGGGUCCAAUCUUCCACUCAAACCUAAAAGAUUACCACCUGUGAUUUCUGGAGAGGCAGCCGAAGAUGUAAAACAAUACUUAACCAUUUCCGAACAUGAUUUUAAAUCACAGAGUUAUGAUUGUACAGUAGAUCUAUUGGAGUUUCAACCUAAUUUGAAAAAGCAGCAUUCAGUUCAUUCACACACACUGAAUGAACAGACUAAUUCUGGAAAUAUGGAUAAGCAAUCAGAAAGAAGAAAACAGCACAAAAGGAGGUCUUGGAGUGUUUCACUUCCCAGCAAUAACUGUACUGAAAAGAUUUUUCCUUUGUCUAAAACAUUGCAAGACAGUUUAAAGGCACUACAUUUGCACUCUCUUUAUAGAGCAAGAUGGACUAUAGAACACAGCAUUUGUAACAACCAAACUUUGGAAGACAUUUGGUCCAAACUCAAUCAAAUUAUCAGGCAUAAUGAACUUCCAUCUUGUAAUGCAACAAUUCAAAGACAUUUAGGGCAGAUAUGGGUGUUCUGUGAUGUUAUGUACUGUGAACAUGUAGGAAAUCUUCUUAAAAGAAAAUUAGCUCUUACUGGAAAAAUUAAUCUAUUUGUACAUAAAUAUGGUAUUAUCUUUAGUAUGUAAUGAAUUCCACUGAUGGUCAAAAAAAUAAUAUUCUGUAUGAACCAAGUAUGGGCUACAAUAGUGAGAUGAAUGAAAUUCUUUUUACCAGUUUUUAAAUUUUUUAUAACUUUUAUUAUUUGUUAUUUUACUUUUUCCCAAUAUAGCCUAUUUAUUCUUCACAUUGUAAGAAAGGAAAAAAAAAGUGUUUGUGUCCCAGAAAUGAGUAUCAGGUGGACCCCUAGGUUGUUGAUUAAGUCAAGAAUUUUCUGGAUUAGCACUUUUUAAAAUGAACUGUGAUAAAUUAUUGUUUAUAUUGAACUUGAAAGAAAAAUGUUCUGUGCCUUUUGUUCUUUUACUUUUCUAAUGAUUGGAUUAGAUUUUCCUAUGACUUAAGGUAACUAGUUUGGAUUUCAGUAAAUCCCUAAAAUCUACCUUUA